AUGGCGAAACAUUCAACGGAGUUAUUUCCUUCCGAAGACUAUAUUUCUGAUUACGAAUCGGAAACGAGCAGCCAUGCUGAUGCUCGUAGUGUGAUCAGGUCUGCCGAGAAGCGUGAUAUUGACGUGAUUCGAGAACACGGACGCUUCCUGUGGUCGGAAAAAGACGAACCGGCUUCUUGGUCUGAACGUUUGGCAAAACGCUACUGGGAUAAACUGUUCAAGGAGUACUGUUUAGUCGAUCUGUCGCGGUACAAGGAGAACAAGUUUGGAAUGCGUUGGCGCCUGGAAAAAGAAGUGAUUUCAGGAAAAGAAGCUACCAUCCAAUGGACUGUGGCCAUUUCCGAGUUGACCGCUUGA